AUGAUGAGAAAAUUAAUAAAAAAUGUGAGUGUUAUUACGAAAUAUUAUAGAACAUCUGCUAUAAGUAAUAUGAAGAGUUGUGAAGAUAUUAAAAAAUUCAAAAUUAUUUUUGAUAAAAGAAAAGAAUAUAUACAAAUACAAUUAAUGAAGACUCAGUCAGUCGAAUGUAAUGAUAUGUGCAUUGAAAUUAAUAAAUUGGAAUCUAGACUAAGGGAAAAAUAUGUGUUCAGUAAAGAUGAAGAUCAAACAAUGUUUCCCGAAAUCAAAUUUGAAGAACCUAAGAUAAUUAUUAUUAUAAGAACCCACUUGAAUAGAGACCGAAAAGACAAAAAUACAUAA